ACAGAGGGUUUUCUCAUCGUAUAUUUAUCUAAGCUUCCUUUUCCUAGGUUUGGUUUUCAUGGCACCACCCUUCUUUGACAGUUGAUGUUUCAUUUUCUCCACCACCACCACCACCAUCACUACCAUCAUCUCUAAUCAAAAUUUCUCUCUCCAGAAACUUGUUUUUUUUCACUGUUGCUUGGCAUAAAAGGUGAAACUUUUGAAUUUGCUUUUUGUUCUUGUUGAAUUCCCACAUGUUUUUCAUCAGAAAGAUAACUUCUUUUUAGAUCUUGAUGGGUUGUUUUGUGGCUGCAAAAGGAAGAGCUUUAUAAAGAUCAAAAUUAAAAGAUAGUCUUGAUACUUUUUUGGGUUUUAACCAUCAUCAUAUAUGAAUAGCUAGAAAUGGCUGAAGAAGAAGAGAAGAUCAUAAGAGGGAAUGAUAUAAUGGUGGGAAGCUCUACAGGUAAUUACAAUUGUUACACUGAUGAUCAUCAUGUGAACUCAUCAAGUAACCAUAAUCCUACCACCAGCUUUGAAACAAGCCCUUUAGAGAUGUUCAACUUUGAGUCACACAACCCAGUGAGUCAUCACAACUCAGUUCUCUUCUGGAAAGGUCCUUCUCCUCCUCCUUCUUCCAAACCCAUCACCGAUUCGAUCUCAGCUGGUGAUUUCUAUCACUUUGAUGAGUCAUCUCUUCAAAGAUGUGUGUUUUCUUGUGAACCAAAUGAAAGGCCAAGUCAAGGCCUCUCUCUUUCUCUCUCUUCAGCUAACCCUUCCACCAUCGGAAUACAGCCAUUUGAACUUGCAAGACCACAAGAACAUCAAUAUCAACAUCACCACCAACAGGGGUAUUUUGGGAAAUCCAUGAGUAUUGAUCAUGACCAACAUCAUCAGGACAUGAUGACUCAAGAUGGUUUUUUGGGAAAACCAGGAAAUAUCAUCAACAGUGGUAGUGAUGGUGGUGAAGGUUCAUCGCUCUAUAACCACCAUCAAAGUGCACAGUACAACAUAAGAAGCUCAAGGUACUUGGUUCCAGCACAGGAGCUCCUCAAUGAAUUCUGUAAUCUUGGAUCAAAGCAGCACCAAAGCGAUCAGUCACCAAAAGCAAAGGCUGCAGCCACAACUUCAAAUCAGUGGCAAGAUCAUGAUAACAUGAAUAAUGCUACUUCUUCAAAAACCAAAUCUUUAUCAUCUCUUGAAUUUAUGGAGUUACAGAAAAGAAAAACCAAGCUCCUGCAAAUGCUAGAAGAGGUUGAUAGAAGAUACAAGCAUUAUUGUGAUCAAAUGAAAGCAGUUGUAUCAUCAUUUGAAGCAGUGGCUGGUAAUGGUGCAGCAAAAGUUUACUCAUCCUUGGCUUCAAAGGCAAUGUCAAGGCAUUUCAGGUGUUUGAGAGAUAGUAUUGUGAGCCAGAUGAAGACGACAAAGGUCGCGAUGGGAGAAAAGGACGUUUCUGCCCCUGGGACGAGUAGAGGAGAGACUCCUAGACUUAGGGUUCUUGAUCAAACCCUAAGGCAACAAAGGGCUUUUCAACAAAUGACCAUGAUGGAUAGCCAUCCUUGGAGGCCUCAACGCGGGUUGCCUGAACGUUCUGUAUCUGUUCUCCGUGCUUGGCUCUUUGAGCACUUUCUCCAUCCGUACCCGAAUGAUGUUGAUAAACACAUUCUUGCACGUCAAACCGGUCUCUCAAGAAGCCAGGUAUCAAAUUGGUUUAUUAAUGCAAGGGUGAGGCUAUGGAAGCCCAUGGUGGAGGAGAUGUAUGUGGAAGAAACAAAAACAAAUCAAGAAACCAUGGAAGGAACCUCAGAUGGGUUCAAUCCGAACCCUCAAAUGGACCAAAAACCGACUGCUGAUGAGCUUGUUCGAAUAGAUUCUGAGUGUCUUUCUUCCAUCAUCAACCACCCUGAAAAAAUGGACCACCACCGGACAAAAACCCAAGAUCAUGAUUUUCACCACAGUUUUUCUAGAGUAACAAACUCAUUUGGGGCGGUGGAGCUGGACUUUUCGUCCUACAACAAUCACCACAACUUUGGUGGCGGUGGUGAUGGUGGCGGUGGUACUGGAGGAGUUUCUUUGACCUUAGGGCUGCAACAACAUGGUGGCGGCAAUGGUACCGGUGGUGGUGGUGGUGGGGUGAGUUUAGCGUUCUCCCCUACUUCUCAGAAUUCCCUAUUUUACCCUCGUGAUCAUAUUGAAGAUUGUCAAACUGCAGUCCAGUAUUCUUCUCUCUUGGAAGGUGAUGAUCAAGGACAGAAUUUGCCUUACAGAAACUUGAUGGGUGCACAGCUCCUUCAUGAUCUGGCUGGUUAA